UCCCAAUAAGAAUUCAGAUUUCCUUCCAUAAUCCAUAGAAACAACGAAUGAAGAGAAUACAAUUCACCCAUCCUAAAAAGAAUUGUCCAAAUUACACUACAUAUUUCCAUUUCUGGAUCUCAACACUGAACAUUGAAAAGAUGUUCCUAUAUAAACAAAAUUCUCACUACUUGAAUCAUUCUAAGUCUGAUUCUCCGAGAAACGGUGAACCUGAACUGCCCUUCCCACAUUCUAAUACUCUCACUCAUUACUGGAAAAAUGGCGGCUAAUUUUAUUACUCACUUAUCUCUGGUUCAUCCAAAACCUUCACUUUCUGCUAAAUCCCUUCAAAACCCGUCUCUGUCUCACCUCUCCAAGCUCUCUCCUUCAUCAAGUGUUUGUUUUUUGCCAAUCAAGAGAAGUGGGGUUGUGGGAAAACUCUCAUUCGCAUCGGCUGUAGCGGAUUCAACAUCUUCAAUUCCGGAAGACAAGAAAAUCAGCAAGAAUCCCAUUAUCGUCAUUGACAAUUAUGAUAGUUUCACCUACAAUCUUUGCCAGUAUGUGGGAGAGCUUGGAUGUCAUUUUGAGGUUUAUCGAAAUGAUGAGUUGACAGUAGAAGAGUUAAAAAUGAAAAAUCCUAGGGGAGUGCUUAUCUCUCCUGGUCCAGGAACACCCCAAGAUUCUGGAAUAUCAUUGCAAACAGUUUUGGAACUUGGACCUAUUGUACCUUUGUUUGGUGUUUGUAUGGGUUUGCAGUGCAUCGGUGAGGCUUUUGGAGGAAAGAUAGUCCGAUCUCCCUACGGUGUCGUGCAUGGCAAAAGUUCUGUCGUGUAUCAUGAUGAGAAGGGGGAAGAUGGGUUGUUGGCUGGAUUGUCAAACCCCUUCAAUGCAGGAAGAUAUCACAGCCUUGUGAUUGAAAAGGACAGUUUUCCCGGGGAAGCACUCGAGGUUACUGCUUGGACAGAAGAUGGACUGAUUAUGGCUGCUCGGCACAAAGUCUAUAAGCAUGUUCAGGGCGUACAGUUCCAUCCGGAGAGUAUCAUAACUUGGGAAGGCAAAACAAUUGUUCUUAAUUUCGUCAAACUGAUAGAGAGAAAAGAGGCAGCUGAAUCUGGUAGUUAAUUCAGCACAUAAUGGGUUGAGUAGUAAAUGUCAAAUAUGGGUAUGGGAGAGUACAUUGGAGAUUCAUCAUUUAUGCAUUUGGACCAACCAAAUAUACCCUUCAAACCUAGUACUUGGGUGAAUGCUGCUUUAAAAGGAUUGUGAACUGUAGCUUUCCAAAUGAUUUACGUGACUGCUUUUGGAUGACUAUGUAUUCUCUUUACAAUUCCAGUUCAGAAUUGGCCGUACAAA